GCACCGGCAAGUAGCCCCGGGAACGGCCGGCGCGGGCCGGGUGGGCGGAGGCGGAGCGGUCCGUCGCACUACGCCGCCGGUCGCCCGCCCGCCAUGCGCCCGCAGCCCCGCGUCGCGCUCGGUCUAUUGCUGCCGCUGCUGCUUGUGCUGCCGCCCGCGCUGGGAACUGCCCGGAAGACGGCACCCUGCCGGCAGUGCCGAACGCUGGUGGACAAGUUCAACCAGGGCAUGGCCAACACGGCCAAGAAGAACUUCGGUGGCGGCAACACAGCCUGGGAGGAGAAGACGCUGUCCAAGUACGAGUUCAGCGAGAUCCGGCUCCUGGAGAUCAUGGAGGGUUUGUGCCAGAGCAGCGACUUCGAGUGUAACCAGCUGCUGGAACAGCAGGAGGAGCACCUGGAGGCCUGGUGGCAUCGGCUGAAGAAGGAGCACCCUGACCUGUUUGAGUGGUUCUGUGUGCAGACUCUGGAAGUGUGCUGUUCUCCGGGGACCUAUGGGCCAGACUGUCGUGCGUGCCAGGGUGGAUCCGAGAGGCCUUGCAGUGGGAACGGCCGGUGCAGCGGAGAUGGCAGCAGAGAGGGGGAUGGCUCCUGCCAGUGUCACCCAGGCUACAAGGGGCCAGUGUGUGCUGACUGCGUGGACGGCUACUUCCAGUCACUGAAGACCGAGACCCACAGCACCUGCACAGCCUGUGACGAGUCCUGCAGGACAUGCUUGGGGCCGACCAACAGGGACUGCGGCGAGUGCGAAGUCGGCUGGGCGCAGGUGGAGGACGCCUGUGUGGAUGUGGACGAGUGUGCGGCGGACACCCCUCCCUGCAACGACACCCACUACUGUGAGAACGUUGCCGGCUCCUAUGCCUGCGAAGAAUGCGACUCCACCUGCGUGGGGUGCACAGGGAAAGGCCCAGAGAAGUGCAAGGAGUGUGUCCUCGGCUACACGAAGGAGAGCGGGCAGUGUGCAGACAUAGACGAGUGCUCACUAGCAGAAAAGGUGUGUAUGAGGAAGAAUGAAAACUGCUACAAUACCCCAGGGAGCUUCGUCUGCGUGUGUCCCGACGGCUCCGAAGAGACGGAGGACGCGUGCGUGCUGCCAGCUGAGGGCGAAGCCACAGGAGAAACCCCGACACUGCCGCCCCCCCGUGAGGACUUGUGACCUUACCCAGACUCUCCCUUUAAGUUAUUCAGAGAGGUGUCCUGCGGGAACCCUGGCUCUGUGGACAUUGCCCCACUCCUCCAGGUGGACGGCUAGAGAGAGCCGCUGCUGCCUUGAAACAGUUGAUACUCUUGGCCUUUAAACAGCUGCAUUUCUUGAUUGUUGUUAAACAGAUUCGUAUAUUUUGAUACCAUUCUUUAUAAUAAAAUUGACCAUUGAAGGAAGUCAGUAA